CGGGCAGGAGCACAGCGGGACUUAACCCCUAAAAUGCGUCCCGGCUGGCAGCCCCCAUGCGCUCACCCCGAUGCCUGCGCAGAGCCAUGGCACGGAGGGGCUGCGGUGGGCACGGGGUGCCCCUGGUUUCAGCAGGACAGCCCCGGCUGCAGGGAGGCUCCGAGGAAACACAGGGAAGGGUUCCCAGGGCCCCACCAACUUGAGCCACACCGAGACACAGCUUGGAGGGGGACGAAGCCACUCGCCAUGGCUCCGGUGACACAGGCGCUGCCUCUUGCCUGCCUGCUGCUGCUGCUGCUGGGCAGUGCCCCGGGUGCGGAUGCCCAGAUGGGUUCUGGCUUUGAGCUGCACCAGCCCCAGAAGGAGGUGUUUGUGAGAGUGGGGGAGACGCUGACCCUGAGCUGCACCGUGACUGGAGGGGGUCCCCUUGGCCCCGUGAAGUGGCUGAAGGGCUGGGGCAGUGGCAGUGAGACCAUUUAUGACCAAAAAUACCUCUCAUCCCGGGGGACGAGGGCAGUGGUAGUGUCCAGCACAGACUUCACCAUCCUCAUCAGGGACGUCCGCCCCGAGGACACCGGCACCUAUUACUGUGUGAAGUUUCGCAAAGUACCCACCGGUGAUGAGUUGUAUCGGCGAGGCGAUGGCACGGUGGUGUUGGUGCAGGCCAGACCCUCCAACCCCACUGUGUCCGGGCCCAGUUACCGCAUGGAGCCUGGGAAUGUGGCAUCCUUCACCUGCAACUCCUGGGGGUUCUUCCCCAGUGACAUCAGUGUGAAGUGGUUCAAGGACAAGACCCUGAUUCAGCCUCAGCCAACCCACGUCACCCCUGGGCCAUCGAACUUCACCUACAGGCUGUCCAGCACCUUGAUGGUGACGCUGCAGAAGGACGACAUCCGCUCAGAGCUCACCUGCCAGGUGCUGCACACCACGCUGACAGCCCCGCUGACGAGGAGUUACCAUCUGAGCCAGAUCCUGCGAGUUCCCCCCAAAGUGGUCAUGGAGCCUCCAGGUCUCGUGGGGCUGAACGAGACAGUGAGCUUCACCUGCGACGUGCAGGGCUUCUACCCGGGAAACGUGACCGUCACCUGGCUGGAGAAUGGGAAGGAGAUGAACACGGGGAGCAGCCUCCGGCCAACAAAGACCCCCGAGGGCUUGUUCGAGCUGAGGAGCACGGUGUUGGUGCAAACCUUGCAGGAGAAGAAUGGCUCCGUGUUCACCUGCCGGGUGCUGCACGAGGGCCAGGACCCCCUCAGCAGCAGCGCCACGCUGUGGGUCGCCGCCUCAGGCCAGCAGGGACGCAGCUCAGGAGGUGCCCAUCUCCUGUCCAGCCCCGGCCUGUGGCUCUGCAUGCUGCUUGACAAGGCGAUCCUCGGCCUCGUGCUCUUCUUCCUCUUCAAGCGCUGGCAGGCCUGAAGAGAGGCCAGCGCGGCACAGCGAGGCCACCGAGACAGGAGAGACGCAGGAGAGCGUUGUCAGAGCUCCAUCACCUCCGAGCCAAGCGUGCCAGGCUUGGGAUGGUGGUGCUGCACGAGCAGACCUGCUGCUUCUUUCAGGGGUCCUGCACCACCUCCCCUGCUGCCUCCCCCCUCUGCCUGCUUGGUCCCCGGCAAGGCCCUGUCCUUUGGCAGCUCUCUGGACUGAGGGUCCCAGUCCCCCCCCACUGUCCCCAUCCCCUCGUUGCGCUGCUCCACACGUGGUUAUCACGAUAAAUACAAAUCCUUGGAAAAAGCA